CGGGAGGAGAGGGCCAAGUAGCCAUAGCAAAGCGGAAAGAAAAUGGCGGCCGUGGCUGCGGAGCCAGGAGCUGCUGCUGCGGCAUCAACGACAGCGGGGGACGGGGCGGAAUACGACACCGAGCCAGGAGAGCAUGUGGACGAACUAGAAACCCGUUCAACGCAGGACUUCGUCUCUGACACGGAGCUUUGUCACCAACCCGAAGAUGUGGAUGCAGUUCAGGAAUGCAGCCAUGUCCAAAUGGAAAUCAGAAGGCCGGACCUUCAAGCCGCGGGAAAAGCCCUCGCUGCCCAUGCGGACGGUGAGCAAACCGAGCCGGGGGAUUCCUGGGGGCGCACGGACGGAACCGAGCCGCCCAUGCUUAUGGACUACAGGUAUAAAGGCAUUUCUGAAUACGGUCUGAAAAAAUCGUACUCGCCAAAGGUGGAGGUUGCAAACGAGGUCAGUCCUCUUGAAUCAAGCUCCUGCCUUCAUCCGAGCUCCAUCUCUGACUCCCAGCCCUCUGUCGUCUUCUUGCAUUCCCGUCCUGCUCAUCCUUCCGAACCCGAGAGCGCACUGUCUCUCGCCGUGCCAGCCGAACCGAGUGUCGAUUAUGACACAAAUCCCGCGUCAACCCAUCCUACUGAUCUGGAGUGCGAACUGAUAGGCUUCACGCAGCCAGACACAGAGCCCGAACUCUCCGGGUCAGAACACAAAAGUCACGGGGGUGCUUUUCACGAAACCCCUCACCCCUCGGAUAAUCUGGACUUUUUGUCUAAUACAGAGUCGUCGUCUCUUGGACAGAGUUGCAUUAGUGACUUUUCUACUGGUUCCAGUAAGGACUCUCCCGAACUUUCAGGAGCGGUGGAUCAGUCGCUCAUCUCAUCGUCGGAGGAGGUGCACUCGCAUCCUCUUCAUCAACAGAGUUUCAGUACGGACCUCAGCGAACCUAAAGGGGAGUCGGAGACGAAACCCCCGGUUCUGUGCCCUGAAUCUGACACGCUCAGCCGUUUGGUGCUCGGGUCAGAGGUUCGGGUCUCACUGGAUCACAUCAUUGAUGAUGCGCUCGUGGUGUCGUUUCGUUUAGGGGAGAAGAUCUUCUCCGGGGUCCUCAUGGACCUUUCUAAAAGGUUUGGACCUUAUGGAAUUCCUAUAACAGUGUUCCCUAAGAGGGAGUACAAGGAUAAACCAGAAUCUAUGCAGCUAAAGACUGAAGCAUUCCAGUCAGAAACAGAUAAAGGUGUCUCUCAAGGACCUACUGAUGCCCCAAUUAAGGAUCCUGCGGAUGCUUCUAAUGUCCCUCUGAAGGACCCUGCCGAGGCUCCUGCUGCACCUCAGCCCUGUCCCAACCCUCAGCCCAACCCAUGGACCUCAAAACCACCUCCCUUGUUUCAGGAGGGUGCUCCUUAUCCACCCCCUUUGUUCAUCAGGGACACUUACAACCAGUCAUUACCUCAGCCACUACCCCGCAAAAUCAAGCGGCCCAAGCGUAGGCUGUACAGAGAGGAGCCCACUUCUAUAAUGAAUGCCAUCAAGCUCCGACCCAGACAAGUUCUGUGUGAUAAAUGCAAAGGGGCUGUAGUGCAAGGGGACAAGCGUGAGACACGCAGAGGUCCUAUCUCAGACUGCCGUAGUGACGAUGCCAAAAGACGGCGAAAUGACAACACGACGGCAGCUGCCGCUAAGCGGCCCCGUAAUGAGCUGCGUUCUGAGGACAAGGGCCGUGGUACUGAAGGGCCCAAGCGGCAGGCCUCAGCCAUACGAGUGUCAUCGUCCACCUCCUCUCUGGGCCACAGUCAGAUUAAAGGGGCAGCUGCUGGUAACAAAGUGGUGAAGGGGGUGUCUGCUCCGACACCAUCUUCGGCCAAUGCCAAGAAAGUCCUUCAGAGCAAAAACGUUGACCACUCCAAAGCACGAGAGGUGCUUAAGAUGGCCAAGGUUCAGAGAGGACAAAGAGAGACAGUCACAGGUAGCAGCGGGAAUUCCAAGGCCAUAACCAGGGCUGCUGCUCUCCAGGAAGCCCACCAGAAGGUCCACUUCACUCGGAGACUGCAGCAGAUCAGUGGAGGAAGCCCAGGUUCCAACCCUUUGCCACCCAGGAUGCGCAUCAAGCCCCAAAGGUACCGUAAUGAAGAGAACGAUUCUUCUUCAUGUAAGCCGCCUUGCUUGGAAAAAGUGCCGGGAGGGGGCCGUUUGGUGCUGCCUAAACCAGCCGCGCCUCGCUGCAACUCCACGCGCUCCUCCUCUUCCUCCUCCUCCUGCUCUGCAAGCCAAGCCGUCAAUGCUGUAGAGCCCCAGAGGCCCGAAAGAGCGCUUGAGUCCCUAGUGAGCCCGGCCCAACCCGAUCCCCAAAUGCUCCCAGCCCCGGAAUGCAGGGAACCCCAGGCUGAGCGAGAGGAACAGGAGGGGCGGGAGGAAAAGCGGGAGACGCGUGGGGGUAAGGCUGGCAACUUAGUGGUUUACAUGAGCCUUAACCCCAGCCAGCCUGACUCCUCUAGUACCUCCAUGUGCAGCGUCGAUAGUGGUGAUGACCUAAAGUCAUCAAACUCUGAGUGUAGCUCUACCGAAACAUUUGAGUUUCCCCCUCCCGGUGACUUGCGAUCGGCCCCUGCCCCUGGCACGUCCUCCGCUUUUGCCUCUGCCUCUCCCUCUGCUCCUAAGGACAACAAAAAAUGCAGUAAAUCCCACAAAGCUACUGUUUUUUCCAAAAACGUUACAAAGUGCGUUGCUGUGGAUGGUAGGACAAUUUGUGUAGGGGACAUUGUUUGGGCCAAAAUCCUCGGCUUCCCUUGGUGGCCCGCACGCAUCCUAGCCAUCACAGUGAGUCGCAAAGAUAAUGGGCUCUUAGUCAGGCAGGAGGCCAGAGUGUCUUGGUUCGGGUCGCCUACCACUUCCUUCUUGGCAAUUACUCAACUUGCCCCUUUUCUAGAAAGCUUCCAGUCUCGCUUUGACAAGAAGAGAAAGGGUCUAUAUCGUAAAGCCAUCACUGAGGCUGCCAAGGCUGCCAAGCAGCUCACACCCGAGGUUCGCGCCUUGCUAACUCAGUUUGAGACGUGAGGUUACGUAUCUUGGUAAGAUAGGAAAGCCAGGCACCCGAAUUGGCCCCCGUAACCCUUCUGAAACCCUUCGAACUUUGCUCUACCCAGUCUCAGGGUCCAGAGUGAAUCCCAGCCAACAUCAGCCAGACAACCAGAACUAAUUUAUUGUCACUAAACAGGCAAAUAAAGGGGAUUGAUCCGAUUAACUGAAAUGAAACGGUUGAUAUUUCGAUUUUUGUCCGUACAUGUUCGUCUUUUGAGUUUGCCAUGUCUUACAAUUAUAAUACUAAAAACAGAUGACGGAGAGAUCGAGACAAAGAUUUUAUGAGCUUGUGAGUGCCCACAAUAUUUAGGCUUUGAACUUAGUUGUUCAGCUAAGUAGUAUCAGUAUCUGAAGUUGGGGGAAAAUCAGUGUCUGCUGUUGCAAAAUAAAUGGCAAAACGGUUAGCAAGUAACCCUGCGUGGGAUUGAGCUUACUAGCAUUCAUUUGAAGAAUUCGAUGUCUACAUGUAGCUAUUUAUACUUGAUAUCAACUAAACAAGUCGACUGCUACCUUAAGACACAGAAAACACGGAAAGGAAUUUCUUUUUGUCCAAAUCCCAAUCCUAGCACAGUAAAUGCUUCCUUUUGGAUGAUCAAAGGCGGGUAUAUGUUUACAGUGUCAGUUCGGUGUGUUUUAUACAAGUUGGAGCCUCUCAGUCCAAUCUUUUUAAGAUGAACUACAGUCUUUUAAUUUCAUUUAGGACACUAUUUUAAAUAUCCUUUUAACAUGGAAGUUAGUGGAAAUGUGAAAACUUGUCCCUAUUGGAUACAGAGUGUCUUGCUCAGGUAGUAAGAAGGACUUGGAUCGGUGCUGAUUUUUCUUAGAUGUUCUGACACGACUAAUCCAAGUCCAGCGAUACGUGCAGAUGGCUGUCGAUCUGGGUGUGGCUUUUGGCCAGCCAUGGCUUUGCGGGCAGUUGAGCUGCUGUUAUUUGGGGAGGUGCCUGUAAGCCAAAGUCACCUCAAGUGCCACUGUGAGUAGAGCACAGCAACUCUGUAAAUACAGAGAGUACAAACUCAGACGUGAAGAAACCCGCCAGCCUAUUUGCGUGCCCGCCUCCCUCGCCCCUCACAGCUACAACAUCUGCUCCUCGAGCUCAUUUCUCCCUAAUCUUCUUGCCCUGUUCACAGCUUCUUUUUUCUUUUCCUCCACUUGUUUUGCUCCCUCCUGCCGUUGUCAUAUGUUCAUGUCUCAGACUAUUUUUUAUAUACGUCUGAUUUUCACAAAAGUGUUCCUGUUGUUCAGCCAACCCCCCUUUUUUGCAUGGAUUUGGGCGUGCAUAUGUGUUUAAUGGAAUAUUAAGCUUUUUUGAUGCCACCAUAUGUUUAUUCAAUUUAGGCAUAUUUCAUCAAGAAGCAAACUGUAAGUUUUGAUGUAGCUGCAAUGGAAUACCAAAAUCGUUCCAUUAAAAGGAAAACACUUGACGGCCGCGGUGUCCUGCUAAAAAGCGGCAGCAGUUCUCACGUGUAUGUUUGUUAUAAUUAUGGGCCAAUGGCUGGUUUGUUUGUUUGUUUAGUGAUUAUUCUGAUUUCAGUAUUCAUUGUCACAGCUGAAAUGUUUUGGAUUAUUGUGUUUUAAAUUUAUUUGUUGUGCUUGAACUUUAUUUGCUGUCAUUUCACUAUUCGCAUAAUGCGGCCGAAGGUGUGGAGUACACGUUUAUAUGUAAAGUGUUAAAAACGAUUUGUUUUCACUGCUUAAAUGAAAGAAGAAUAGACUGGAUCUUGUUUUAAUUGUGAGAACAAACAAUUUUACUUGUGUGUGGAUGAGCAUUAACUCUUGUUUUUCUUGUCUGUAAUCAUGGUUAUGUCUUUGCAUUGCAUAUCCAUUAGCACCUGUCGAAGGGACAUACUGUAUGAUAGCUUGGUCUUUCCAUAUGUGAGCAGGUAGAGAUCAAUGGCUUGAGAAAAAACAAAACGAUGCUUGGUAGACCACACUGACUGACUGACUGGCGGAUGUUUGUCUAAAGAAUAAACACAGUAUUUAUUUGGGUGGUUGGCUUUGUUUCGUUUCAGCAUCUUAUUUUUUACUUUGCUAUUUCUAUCUGUUUGCAGGUCAGAGAAUGCUGUAAAACCAUUGAAAAAACGAAACGGUUGAAAAUAUUGUGUACAUGUUUUCUGAUGUUUGAAGAGUAUAUAAAUAAACUGUGAACUUCAAGAA